UCCUCAGUGUACCGGAAAUGGGUCACUGGAAAUAGAAGUGACGGCUAGCUUUACCGCCGCACGAGAGGGAGAAUGGAUGCGUUAAAUAAACUUAAACAAUUUGACGCUUAUCCGAAAACUCUAGAGGACUUCAGGAUCAAAACAUGUGGAGGAGCCGCGGUGACCAUCAUCAGCGGACUUAUCAUGUUGAUUCUGUUCUUCUCUGAGCUGCAGUAUUAUCUAACUAAGGAGGUCUAUCCUGAACUAUUUGUAGACACUUCCCGAGGAGACAAACUAAGGAUCAACAUUGAUGUUAUAUUUCCACAUAUGCCUUGUGCCUAUCUGAGCAUUGAUGCCAUGGACGUAGCAGGGGAGCAGCAGCUGGAUGUUGAGCAUAACUUGUUUAAACAGAGACUCGACAAAGAUGGCCAGCCGGUCACAACUGAGGCUGAAAAACACGAUUUAGGUAAAGUGGAGGAAGGGGUGUUUGACCCCAGUACGCUGGAUCCUGAGCGCUGCGAGAGCUGUUACGGAGCGGAGACUGAAGAUUUCAAGUGUUGCAAUACCUGUGAUGAUGUGCGGGAGGCAUAUCGACGGCGCGGCUGGGCGUUUAAGACCCCUGACUCCAUUGAGCAGUGUAAGAGAGAGGGCUUCAGCCAGAAGAUGCAGGACCAGAAGAAUGAGGGAUGUCAAGUCUAUGGCUUUCUGGAGGUCAAUAAGGUGGCAGGAAAUUUCCAUUUUGCCCCUGGAAAGAGCUUCCAGCAGUCUCAUGUACAUGUGCAUGCUGUGGAAAUUCAUGAUCUGCAGAGCUUUGGACUAGACAAUAUCAACAUGACACAUUUCAUCAAGCAUCUUUCAUUUGGCAAGGACUAUCCUGGAAUUGUCAACCCUUUAGAUGAGACUAAUGUAGCAGCACCUCAAGCAUCAAUGAUGUACCAGUAUUUUGUCAAGAUUGUGCCAACGAUAUACGUUAAAGGAGAUGGAGAGGUUGUUAAAACAAACCAGUUUUCAGUAACGAGACAUGAGAAAGUAGCGAAUGGGCUGAUUGGAGAUCAGGGUUUACCUGGUGUGUUUGUGCUUUAUGAGCUGUCUCCAAUGAUGGUGAAAUUCACAGAGAGGCAGAGGUCUUUCACCCAUUUCCUAACAGGAGUGUGUGCCAUUAUAGGAGGUGUUUUCACAGUUGCUGGACUCAUCGAUUCUUUGAUAUACCACUCAGCAAAAGCCAUUCAGAAGAAGAUCGAGCUGGGGAAAGCAUCCUAGCAGAGCAGGGACUGUGUCUGGAAACCUCUGUUUUAAAGAGACGACACCACAAUGAAAGCCUGCAGACUGUUUGUUGUUGUGGUCACAGAGCAGUAUCCAGCGACACGGGGCCCCGCACAAGGACCUGUGACUAAGACACUGGCCGACUGAAUUUUGGAGGAUCAUAUGGACUCGGUACGCCGACGCGUCAGUGGUUUACCUCUGCAAAUCAAAGCUUUCUUUCUGAGAUUUGGGCCUUUUGAAUUAUGUGUUCUUUAUGAAUCGCUUCUUGGUUGAUUUAAAAAAUCGUAGUGUUGCCUGAUCGAGAAACCAGUGUUUUCCUGCCCGUCAUACACUGUCAGAGUUUGGCAGACUAAACCAGCAGUUUUAACAGUAGUUUGAAUGAGUUUCGGUCCCUACAGAAGAAUCAGAAGUCAAACUGGAAAAGACACAAGCGAUCUCAACAGGAACCCUGUUCUGUCAUCAAGCACACACAAACUACUCACAGAAACAGAGACUGCAGUCUGUACAGAUGUCUGAUGUUUGCUUUUUGUAAUUGCACCUUUAACUCUAAAUUCAGGUGUGUGUGUGUGUGUGUGUGUGCGUAGAUGGCUGUUUGGUAUGAGAGAGUUUUCGUCAUGUGUCGUUGCUGGUUUAUUUUUUGUGUGGGGAAAAUGUAUUUAUAUUUUGAUUGUUCAAAGCGGUUUUUAAAAAUGAGAAAUAAAUGUAACACUGACCUUUAGUGACUUUUCUUUGUGAAUGAGUUCCUCAAACUUUCACUGUCACUAAAUUCAGAAGAUGGAGGUAAUGCAGCACAACAAUUUUGUUAUUAUUUAACCAUUUGAGGUUUGUGAUCAUUUUUGCUUCAUUUCUAUGAAUUUGAUCUUGUGUGUUUAGUUUUUAUUUCAAUUUCAUUUUUAAUGUAACCAAGCCUAGAUAGACAGAGACUAUGUUGGAAAUUGUGUACUGUUUUCUUUUGUUAAGCUUUAUUUUAAGGUGAUGUAGUUACAUUGCACUUAAGCACUGAGUAAUAUUAAUUAACUAUAUAUACUUACUAUAGAGUUACGGUUAUGCUUUGGUUUAGAGUUACAUGUAAUUAUGCAUAAUUUACUGUUAUAGCAAGUACAUGUAGUAAAGUGUAAGUACAUCACCUUUAAAUAAAAUUAACUUUUUUUGUUUGUA